UUACCUGAAUGUGGUGAGUGAGAAACUGUACCCCCUUUCUCCCAUAUUUGCUCAGUAGUGGUGAUAACGCUUUAUACUAAUGACAAGAUGCAAUUGGUUCUUCGGUUGUCGCAGUUAAAUGACGUAUGUGAUUCAAUGACCGUGAGCUGUGUGACAUGAGUGUAAAGACACCACGCAAACCUCUACAAUUAUGAAUUUGUCUGGUUUAGUGUGUUUUUUGAGGCGUUCGUUGUUACAGCUGGAAUGCAGAAUUAUACAGGCUUCAGGACUUGACAGACAGUUUGCCCCAGCUCUAGCUGUCCAUGGCCCCAGCAUCCUCCCACAGCCCCACGAAGAGCAAGAGGCGACCGCGGAGCCCAGCUUCCUGGACAAUGUGUUCUGGAUGGCAGCACCCAAAAAGAGACGCACAAUAGAAAUCAACAGGACUAGAAGACGAGACCCAAGCUUUAUGCUCAAAGUUAAGACCAACAUUGAGCCGUGCGUGGAGUGUGGCCACCUGAAGCAGAAGCAUAUUCUGUGUGGGUUCUGUUAUGAGAAGAUCAGGAAGGAGACAGCGCUGAUCCGAGGUCAGAUUAAAGCCAUGGAGGGCAGGCCUCUCAACACACCAGCGCAGGAGACCCUGGUCCUGUAUGACAGUGAGAGUCCAGGGGAGUCCGACAAAGACAAGAGGAUAGUGGAGAGGAACAGAAAACGACCCUCCUGGUUCAGUAUCUAUUGAGGUAGCAUUUAGUCACACCAGUAAUUAGUAGGUUGCUAAUAUCCCAGUUUCUAUAUUUGAAAGAAAUGCAUUGAUAAAAAAAAAAUCAACAGCAGCAUUGUUUUUUUGUUUUGUUAUCAACACAUGACAGAACCUUCAAAUGUGGUUCAUUUUCUUUGUCUUAUUGCAACAUGGCUACAAUGUCACAUAUUGUACAUCCUCUACAUUUUAGUAGGAACAUGCUAUACCUUUGUUAUUAAUGAGAAUAAAUCUUUAUUUGAAAAAAAA